GCUACUGCAUACACGACGUGCAUACAUUCGAGGAUGUAUUGCGCUAGAAUUCAUAAGUUUAUCGCUCAAAUGAUUUCUCUCUUUCGUCGUAUGGGUCUAUGGCAUGGAGAAGACAGGCCUACAGUUAGGCAACUCGUGUUGAAGUCAUUCUAUUGCAUCUACUACCUGUCAUUUAUGAUUUCAUUAUCGAUGGGAUCAUAUAAAGCAGAGAGUGUUGAUGAAACCAUUUUCUUAGCGGAAACCGCACUUAUUUGCGCAGUUCUGAAUAUUAAAAAUUGGAUGUUCCUUUGGAAGCAGACGGAAAUUGUGGAGUUUUUAGAUCGGAUUUGUGUUUUCACAAUUCGAGAUGAAGAAGGGCUCGCAUUUUUCAACGACAAAGUGGAAAGAUUUAUCAAUUUUUUGAAAAUGUGCGUGUAUGGUACUAUGUGUGCGACAUUGGGAUGUGUAGUUGUCCCAUUUCUUGGAAGUAAGAAGUCACUUCUUGUGAAUAUUGCGUUUCCAUUGGAUUGGAAAAAUAGUGAAAUUGGGUUUUGGAUGGCGUACAUUUUCAUUGUUACCGAAUAUGUUAUAGAGAUUUUGGCGAUAACGUUUUCCGUUAUCAUUUGGUAUUUAUUGCUGCACUGUUCAAUAAGAUAUAGAAUUUUGGGAAUGGAAAUGAAAAACAUGGGACGAACCGCAGGAAAAGUGAAAAUGUCGGUUAACGAACAACAGGCCAUUUUUUAUCAGGACUUACAGGCGUCGAUUGAAGGUCACCUUCAUUUAAAGGGAAUAAUCGACGAAGUGGAAUCAUUUUUAUCAAAAUUGUUUCUGUUGCAAUUCGCCACCAGUAGCCUAUGCAUUUGCGGUUCAAUUUAUUGCUUGGCCUUCGAUAUAAGUGCCAACAUUGUGGAGCGCUUAGUUCACGUCUAUCUAUUUUUAUUCAACACUGCUGAAUUGUUCAUGAUAACGUAUUUCGGGAAUGAGAUUAUGUUGUCGAGUAGUACCCUUUCAUACAGUUUGUUUGAAAGCGAAUGGAUCGGGCAACCACAUUCGACCCAGAAAUGCAUAAUCAUUUUUGGUGAAUACUUGAAGCGAUCGUAUUCGAUGCUAAAGGAUAAAUUGUAUCCGUUAACAUUGGUAACAUUUACUAAGAUUUUGAAUUCGUCGUACAGGCUGUUCAACAUUUUAAAGAACACUAAGCAAUAAAAAUGGAGGAGGACGCAGAGAGCUCUGACUGAGCGUUUCAAUAUAAAUAUAAAAGAAUGCACAUUAGUUUUCACCAAUGACCAUAGAUUAA